AUGUCGGAAUCAAGGAAAAAUCAUCUCAACAUCGACGGAGGUCAGGUGAAGGAAGACGAUCAUGUUGCAUCUUACAAGCCUAUAUCUGAAAAUGAUGAUGGUGAGCAUUUGUUAUUAUCUCUUCAAUGUAAAGUUGAGAGCACAUUAAUGCAGCUUAAUGAUUCAGAAGUAAUGGAAACUCCAGAUGAUCCAGAUGAUCACUGGGAUAGAGAGAGCAUUGUUGGGAUGUUAACUCUAUAUUUACAAAAUAUAGACAGAUUUAGGAAUCCCAAGAUACGAAAAAAGAAUGUGUGGAUUGAAAUUGGUAAUGCAGUGGGCAAAGCUGCUGACAGUUGUGAUAAGAAGUUUAGAAAUUUGAAACAAACCUAUGUUAGACUUUUGCGAAAAAGAAAUAAAAAUGGAAUGACGGCUUUUAAAUGGCCAUACUUUGACUUGUUUGAAGAAAUUUAUAAUAUCGAUGGAGAAUAUCAACCUGAGAUACAACAAAAACUUAGAGAUGGGACAAGUGAGAGAAUUGUUAAAGUUCUUAGAAAUAUUGGUUCAACAAAUAAAUAUGAAGAUCUAGAAAAUGGUGAGCCUUCUGUAACUAAUGAUGAAGUUAAACGGAAAUUAUUAAGGAAGAGAAAUGCAGAGUUUAGAAAGGUAACUCUAGAAUUGAGAGAUAGACAACGGACUGUGGAACAAAAGUUAGAUAGGUUAAUUAAUAUUGUAGAGGAAUCAAACAGUAUACAAAAGGAAAGAAAUAGAUUGUUCGAAGAGUUUUUAGAAAAGUUAAACCAAAAUCAAUAA